AUGGCUAGUGUUACUGAAGAAAAUUCUACAGUUGAAUCUGAUAGUUUAGUGCCCCGUGGAUCUAGUACGGAAAAUCCUGAUGUACAAAAUGAAAAUGUGGACAUUAAUGCUCAAAUUGAUGAACAACGUCAAAGAAUGCAACCCACUAAAAUGGAAUCUUUUUUUGCUAUAACAAAGUCGCUAAUUAUUAGAGCUCUGGUAGUUUAUUUUAUUACAUCAAUGUUUCGGCAACCAUCAUCACCAAAAACUGAUGUUAACAGUUCUUCAGGUGUACCACGGAUACCUGCAAUUAAUAUGUUUGAAAACGGAACAGUUUUAGAUAUGUUUGCCUACUUAUCAGAGGACGAGUACUUAGAUAAUUUUGAUCAUUCACAGUUAAUAUGGAAACAGACAGGUCUUGUUUAUGGUGAUUGGCUCGGUGGGCCCAACAAUGAUGGCACCUACUUUCACUCUACUAGUAUUGUACCUUCACAGUCCUUAAAGAACAAUGGCUCUAUUUACCUGCAUGUUUAUGUCACCCCAACAGGAAAAUCACCUAAUCCCAAAGAUAAAACAAACUUUGCUGGUCCAUAUAUUACAUACGGAAAGAAAAUGGUUAACAAGUACAAAAAGUUAAAGUACCUAAAAACCCACAAUCUUUUAACUGGACAAAGUGAAAAGUCUGAAGAGGAAUUAAAAAAGGCUGAAACUAUGAAGGAGGAGAUAAUAUCUCAUUGGCAUCCAAAUUUAACCAUAAAUUUAGUGACAGAUCAGACUAAUUGGCUGCAAGGUAGUGUCCCUCCACCGUUAGAUGAAUUUAUUUACUUUUUACCUGAUGGCAAAAAGUAUAAACCAGCUGUUUUUUUAAAUGAUUACUGGAAUAUGAUGCGAGAUUAUGUUCCUUUAAAUAAAACAGUUGAAACUCUGGAACUUCAGCUAACAUUUCAACCAUUAAGCCUAUUUAAGUGGCAACUAUAUACUGCUCAAGUGAUGAGGGAUAAAUUGAGUAUGUUUUCGGCACUAGGUGCUGAAGAGCAAGAUGAAGAGCAGGAUACAGUAAAAGAACUGCUUUUGGACACCUCUCCAUAUUUACUAGCCUUAACAAUAUCAGUAUCUGUUCUCCAUUCAAUUUUCGAGUUAUUAGCAUUCAAAAAUGAUAUUCAGUUUUGGAACAAUAGACAAUCAUUAGAAGGUCUUUCAGUUCGAUCUGUAUUUUUCAAUGUUUUUCAGUCAACCGUGGUGUUACUAUAUGUUCUAGAUAAUGAAACUAAUGUAAUGGUUAGAAUUUCAUGCUUCAUUGGUUUAAUGAUUGAAAUAUGGAAAAUUAAUAAGGUUAUGGAUGUGAAACUGAACCGAGAAGAUAGAAUAUUUGGUUUUCCAAAGUUGACCUUUACAGACAAAGGUUCUUAUGUAGAAUCAAGCACAAAACAAUAUGACAUGCUGGCUUUUAGAUAUCUCAGUUGGGCUUGCUUCCCCUUGCUUGUGGGAUAUGGAAUUUAUUCCUUGCUAUAUCUAGAACAUAAAGGCUGGUAUUCUUUCAUUCUCAACAUGAUGUAUGGCUAUUUAUUGACAUUUGGAUUUAUCAUGAUGACACCACAACUUUUCAUCAAUUAUAAGCUUAAAUCCGUAGCUCAUUUACCAUGGCGUAUGAUGACUUAUAAAUUUUUGAACACAUUCAUUGAUGACAUAUUUGCUUUUGUUAUUAAGAUGCCAACAAUGUACCGCUUAGGAUGUUUCCGAGACGAUAUUGUCUUCUUCAUUUUCCUAUACCAGCGAUGGAUCUACAAAGUUGAUCAUAAACGGGUGAAUGAAUUUGGUUUCUCUGGGGAAAUGGAGCAGCAACAAAAACAGUCCACCAAUGGCAACUUAGCCAUAACUAAUCAACAGAAUGAUACUGACAAAAAGAAUGAUUAA